CAAAAGAUAUGUGCUGCUCACGCACAGCUCCCCUAUCAGGCACAGAUGCCAGGAGGGAUCAAGGUGCUGACCACCAACACCCCUGAGGCAGUCGAGGCAGCCAGUGUUUCUCUGGAGCUCUACAACCAGCAGGGCAAGGAUAUCUACAUGUACUGCCUCAAAAGGGUCAAUUCCGCCAGGAUGCAGGUGGUGGCAGGACUCAAGUACUACCUCGACGUAGAGACUUUCCGUUGUAUUGAAGAAGAAAUAUACCUCCAAAGGGACAAUGCUCAGACUUUUCUGUGCAAGUUUGAGCUGCUCCAGGUGCCAUGGCAGAAUAUCAGUCGGCUUCUUAAAGGCCAGUGCGGAGAACCAAUUCCUGUUGUGGGCCAGAUAACACCAGUAGCUGCCAAGGAUCCUCUGGUGCAGAGUGUCGCCAAAUUUGCUGUGAACCAGUAUAAUGUGUACCCAGGAAAUGAUUACACCUAUGGCAUGGUCCAGGUUCUGGCAGCCAAGAAGCAGGUGAGGCUCCAAAUUUGCUGCUUGAGAUGCCCCAAUGAUGCAGGUUUUUGUUUGUUGUCUGACAUGUAUCUUUCCAUCAGUUGAUAAGUGGACACAAAUACUACCUGGAUGUUUGGAUGGCAGAGUGUCUGAAACAGAGAGUCACAGAGACUAUACCCUGCACCACUAAUGUUAGUGCCCAGGUAAGUUUUGAGACCAGAUACAUAGCACACGACAAGAAGUCACACGAGGAUGAAAGAAGAAUGAACACCUUUACAGAUCUGAUGUACAGUUAUUUUCAGUAAAGCCAGUGUAUUUUGAUUAAACUUGAGCAUUUUGUUUAAAUAUUACAACACAAUAGACCAUUAUGUACCCAAAAAUAUAUACAGUUCAAGUUUAAUUAUAACAUGUACAACUGUCAAUGUUUCAAUUGUUUGAAACUUUUGUCCCCAACAGGAAUUUGCAUGUUUCUUUGUGGUCUGGCUGAAACCCGGAGAACUGGGCGGAGUUGAAUUCUUAGAUAGCACUUGUAUCCCAU